UUCAGUCAGAGAUUCGAGCGACACCAGAUCUCGUUGUCAUUCAUUUGAAACAGAAACUAAAAAYAACGAAGAAGAUUCAAUCGACUACCGAUUCGUUGUUAGUAUACUAUUACAACGCACCUGAUUCCACUAUUCCUUUCGCCAAUUUGAUCUCGAAGAAGUUGCGUCAGUUAGAAUACCUCGAAAAACUAUGAAGGAAGACCGCGUYGAAGAACAACGGCAAACAGAAUCUCUCCAGAUGUGGAACGGRCCGUCUUCGGCCCGAAUGUCCAGCAAGGAUCCGAGUCACAUGAAGGUCGAUACUUCACGCAGCAUAGCACAUGUGAAYGGUGCUUCUAUUAGAUCAAUAUCUCCUAGAAUGCGGGAGGAAGACGCCGAUUUACUAGAGUCGAUGCACUACGCCUCUUCCCAAGUUUCCCAAUACACUCCCGACGGAACUCCAUUGCUGAGACCCAAGGACCGCUCCUUGCCAAUGCAGGACGUCCCUUUCAUGGAGAUGCCCCUUGCUUCCACCAAAGAACUUUUUGUGAUGAAACAAGAUGGCAGCGACAAGUUCUGCGAUAUAAGUAGGAGUUUUAGCUUCAGGGGCAACGAGAAGAAGGACAGUGCGGUACCGGAUAGCGGGGGAAGCGUCGGAAAUGCAUGGUCCUURAAUGCAUCGGGUCUUAGCCACAGCGAGCUGGGAGCAAAUGAACCGCGAUCGGUUCCUUCCACACCGGGCAGAAAUCACGACUGCAGCAUUCGCAAGCUCUUGUCGGGAGAGAUUCGCACUGUGCCGGGAGAGGCAGAMGAGAACCACAYACYCGAGCCAAGGGACGACGGCUCGACUUGUGAUCAAUUCGCAAUGCUGGAUACCAAUCUGCAACAGAAUAACAGUCGCGAAAAACGGGAAGGACGGGAACACGGAAAGCCAUCUGAUGUUACGGCCAAAGAGGUGUCACUGACACAGACCGACAAAGAUGCGGAACGGAGACGGGUUAGCGAUGCCCUCCUUUUUGCACAAUCCGUGCGCGAACGCAUUUCGAUGCACCCAGACGACCUUUGCAUCAUUGAUGACUCUGAGAUUGACGACGAYGAUGAUGAYGACGAUGACGACGAAAUCGACAAGGAGGACACUGAAGAAUCAAAAGAGAAAGCGGCGUUAAACCAUUCCUUUCACGAAAGUGUGUUGUCGUCGGAAUACCUGAUUGGACUUUCACCGAUGGCUUCCAAAAAAACAAAACCCAAGAUUCAAAUCGAGCACGAAACACCGAUAAAGAAAUCUUCAAGCACCAAUUCACUGAGCUUYGGUCAUCGUCGAAAAGCACGGACGAAGUCGCUGGACAUUGAGUUUAGCUCUAUGAACCACUUAUCGGAUGGAGGCGACGACAGAAGCAAUUUUGUGUACAAGGGAAUAUGUGCGAAUCCGCCUGUAAUCACAAAACGUGGUCUCCAGCGAGGGAAUCACGCACAGCUGCAUAGAAAGGCUUGGCUGGAGGUCAGCGACAAGUAUCAUCGUUACGGGAAAAAUCUACGUCUGUACUAUCGUUUCUGGGAACGGUUGGGCUUUCCUACAAACCAAUUCUUUGACUGGCUUGAUUCCAAGGGCGAAGCAGCCGGCCAACCUCUUCCAAAUCUAGAAGAGUGUCCUCGGUCUGUUUUGGAUUCGGAUACGGUGCUGUACAUUGCGAACCACGAAGUAACCGAAGGAUACGCUCUCGAUAUAAUUCCCGGCGAGGAUGGCCGCGGUCUUGUCCUCAAUGUAGACGGUGAUCCGGUUCAAACCGGACCGACGGGUUGGAUCUUUAUACUCCGGGACAAUGUCACGUAUGGUGCGCCGAAAAUCACGUCUGUUUCCGGCCACUCGAAACAGCGAUUUCAUCACUCUUCUUUUUUUGGUGGCAAAGCAGUUGCAUCGGCAGGGAUCUUCAUUACCGAUAGCAAAGGUUAUCUGACUCGAUUAUAUCCGC